UUUCUCUGGGGCAGCUUUGUUUUAUCUUGGUCCUAGUUUAGUAGGGAAAAUAUCAGGCCAGAUGGGUCCACAACUUAUUGUACCAGUACUUCUAAUAGCAGCUAAAGCGUUAAUCCUGCCAUUAAUAACAUGGGAAGUUGUUGGUGCUUUAGAGAAAUCCUAUAGUGACAAGAACACUACAGAGUCACUGAGUAUGUUUGGCUUCUUAUACGGUACAUUCCCAACAGCGCCAUCUGUCUUCUUAUACGCCAGCCACUACUCUAUUGGACAAGAUAUUGUGGCCACUGGAAUGGUAGCUGGAACAUUCUUGUCAGCGCCCAUCAUGUUUGUGUCAGCUAAAAUGUUAACAGUUGUAGUAAAUAGUGAGCUGGACUAUAAAACACUGAUGUUGGAGACUUCAUUUGAUACUAGUAUCAUUAGCUUAGUCUGCAGUAUAUGGGUUGUAGUUUUAAUGUUCCUGAGUGGCAGAUAUAAGAAGAUGCCACAUCAGUUUCUUCUUUGUUUCUGUGUGGCUCAUGUGUUUAGCUGUUUAGGAUUGAUUACAUAUGAAGGUACCCACACCCAACCAAUCACAUGGGUACAUUUGGUUCAGUUCACCUUAAUUCUAGUUGGAGUUCUGUCAACAAGAUGUUGGACUGCAGUUAUCUCCCUGUGUUUGUACUUCCUCCAUUGUAAAAGUUUAUGUUUUGUACUCAGAAUAAGAUGGUGGCUGAUACUUGCUGGUUUUGGGAUUCCAAUGUUUUGUACAGGUUUAUUAAUUAUGAUGGCGGGACAUCACAUGCAUGCUGAAAUAGACCCUUCUUUCCAUUAUGGGGCUGAUCAGACCAUCUUAUCCCUUAUAAUCUUGACCUUGUGUAGUGCAAUAAACAUUGUCUGUCUAAUACUGAAACAAAGGAAUUCAUCAGCGUAUUCUAAAUUACGAGAACAAAAGAAUGGCGACAUAUUAAACAGUAAGAGAAAGAAGAAUGAUGGAAUGAAGGAUGACAGUCGCUGUAGGUUGUUAGGAAGGAGAGACAGUAAUGAGGAGGAUUAUAGAUCUAUAAGUAACUGUAACAACUGUGAUAACUCAUGUGAAGGAGUAGGAAGAACCAGUAUAGAAGAUAUAGUGCCUUUCCCUAAAGAGACAGAAAGUCUGAUCUCUGACACGUCCAGUACCAGUAGUGACAGCCUUACAGAGACCUAUGAGGUAGAACAGUGUGUGUAUGGCACGUGUGGUAUUGAACAGAGACGUAGGUGUGCAGGUCUACUCAGGAAGUAUAAUACAUCUGUCGUAGCUAUACCAGAUGAAGAUUCUGUAGGCAGCAAUCGAUCAAGGAAAGUUAAAGAUGAUUUCCAAAGUAACAGAUUUAUGUUGAUGUUAGUUCUGUGUCAAGUUUCUAUGUUUAUGGGACUAUUUUUGUGUACAUGGAGACUUUUUAAUAAAGUUACAACUGGAACAUAUGUAGAAGUAGAAUUCCUUGACGGUGUGAUGAACUAUGGACAGGGAUUUAUUAUAUUUGCCAUAUUUGGGUUUGAUACUAGAUUAAUAUUCUUGCCAUGUAUAAAAAGCUUGGUCAACUUAAAACGUAAAUUGUUAAAAAGAUGGCGUAAACUUGUUUAUGGAGUAGAAAUUGUGACACUUCCAGAUUCCUCAGAACUAGAUGAAGAAACAAUGCAUUUAUGUGAACAGUUUAAAAAAUACCACAAAAAUAAUUGUUCUAAAGCUAUUGUUAAAGAUUUAAAGUAUAGAUUAAAAGAAUACAAGCAAGUAUUUACAGGAACAGACAUGUGUGACUGGUUACUAGAGGUUGGUUUAGCACAUGAUAGGGGAGAGGCUAUAGAAUAUGGACGUACUCUUGUUACAGGACACAUUGUUAGUCAUGUGACCAAGGAACAUCAUUUUCAUGACCUGCCAUAUUUUUACAAAUUUAUUGAAGAAGAAGAAUAUGAUUAAAAUUCAGAGUAUAUGAUCGUAUAUUGUGAUAUGAUUGAAACAUAGUGCUGACUUUUAUCCAAUCUGUUUAUAAAUGUUUUCUUCAAAUAUGAAUUGUCUCCCAUUGUUUAAGAGUUAUCAUUUCUGGUAUUUCACAUUGUUGAGUUCAUUGAAAUCAUUCAGUUUCCCUGUUAUUGAUACAUUUUAAGAAAAAGAAAUUGUUCAGAAAAGUGGCUAAAAGAAACCAACAAAUUAUAAAUACUAGUAGAUAACACAAAUUUUAUCUUGAAUCAUUAAUCAUGAAACAUAAAUUUAACAUACGUACAUCAAAUGGGAGAUAACUCUAUACUUAUUUGAUUAAAAGAAGGAAACCAAGUAUAAAGUAACAGCUCCAAAGUUAUAUUAUAUGUCAAUUAAAUCCAGUAAUUAAUAUCAAACAAAUUUCAUGAUACUGAAAGGCCCUAUUUAGAAUAUUGUGAUACUCAAACUAUGUUAAUUGAUAUAUUAGGGCUAAUAUUGACCCUAUAAACACCUACUCAUUUCAUAAUGUCGAAAGGGAUCAUUCAUUAAAAUCAUUUUGUAAGAAGGAUUGCAUUUUGAUUCAGCAUUUUACUGAUAAGAGAACCUGUUAAUACGUAACACAUUUUCAUAUUGAGAGCAUCAGUUGCAGGUGAGACACUUUAUGAAUUAUUUUGUUGAAAAUGUUACUGAUGUUAUUAUCAGACUUAUAGAUAGAUAGAACAUGUAUUAGUCCCAGGAUAACAUAAAGCUUACAAAGUUAUUUUUGUUACAAUGACAUAUUUUAUAUUCUUAUUCAUGCUUUGGAUAUUUAUGGUGGUCCUAAAACACGGGUGUAAAGGAAAUCUCGCAUAUUUUCUAAAUCUUCUGUAUGGAAUAAUCUAAAUCUCUGUUAAAGUUUUUUUUUACAAAAAAUAGUUAUUGAUAUUAUAUUCCUAUUUGCCAUUCUUGCUAUAGACUUUACUGUAUGUUGUAUGUCAAUACUGUGUUUAUUAAUCAUUUUAAACUUUAUAAACUGAACGUUUUUACAAUUUCUCAUCAGAUUUUUCAAACAUUUAUAAUUUGCUUGAUACAUAUAUGUAUUUCUUUGCCUGUUAUAAUUUAUAUUAAUUGCAUUUCAUCACAGUCUCAGUAAAGUGCUUCAUUUCUGUUGAGUUUGAAUUUUACCAAUUUUAUGUUCAAACCUUCUAUAAGGUUUUUAUUUGUUUUCUUCUAAGACAUAAGUUUGAUUGUCUUUAAUAGAUCAUAUUAAGUGAUUGUAUAUCUUGGUAAAUUUACCCCUAUCACAAAAUCAUUCUUUACACAAUAAAUUGUACCAUUUACUUUGUUUUUAUUCUUUGAAGAGUUGCUGUCAUAAAUUGUUAGCAAACAUGUAAUGUAUAAACUAUUUCAACAUUGUAUUCAUUUAUUUUGCUUUAUGUAAAUUUUGCAACUUUAAACUUUUUUGGUGAUUUUUAUGGGAUAUGGUUCAUUUUCUUUAUAACAUUGAAAGCUUGAAAUGUUUUGAAAACAGGGGACACUAGAUAUUUUCCAUACCAAAACUGUAAAUACUGGAUAUUUUUAUGACCAAACAAAGCUAAUACUAGAUUUUAGUUUCUAAAAUAUUUCUAAAUUACU